AGAGUCUAGCUGCCAGCUCAGCCCUGCUAGGCUGGGGCAAUGCAAGGUGGUGUCAGCGACUGGAAAUUAGGGACAGGGGAAUUUGGCAUUUGUUACACAGCAGCAGCUGUAGCUGGUUGUUUCAGCACAAGGGGCAGAGUCCACAAGCGGCGAGUGAGCUGCCAUUAGGCACAGGAAAAGGGAGAGAGGGAGGGAGAGUGAGGAGAUAAGAGGCACAAGGAGAAAAGAGACAGUGACAAGCAGCCAGAGCAGAUUUUGUGGGAAAUCGAACCAAGGAAGAGAGCUCUUGAGUAAGCUGUGGGCUUUUUGCUCUCCCAUCCUGGCCACACGCUGCUGGAAUAGGAAACGGUGUGUAAAUUACCUCGGUUAAUCCCUUCUGCCUUCACUCCAAAGAGGACUCGAUAGCCAUGGUGAAAGAAAAAGUGGCACAUCCUCAAGAGCCUCACCACCCUGCUGAGAAGCCAGUUAUCCACUGCCAUAAAUGUGGGGAGCCGUGUAAAGGUGAAGUGCUUCGUGUCCAGGCCAGACACUUUCACAUCAAGUGUUUCACCUGCAAAGUGUGUGGCUGUGACCUGGCACAGGGAGGAUUUUUCAUUAAGAACGGGGAGUACCUCUGCACGUUGGAUUACCAGCGCAUGUAUGGAACCCGCUGCAACGGCUGCGGUGAAUUUGUUGAAGGAGAAGUAGUGACAGCUCUGGGCAAAACCUACCAUCCAAAUUGCUUUGCCUGUACUAUUUGCAAGCGCCCAUUUCCACCAGGAGACCGAGUUACCUUUAAUGGAAGGGACUGUCUCUGUCAAAUGUGUGCUCAGCCAAUGUCAUUCAGUCCGAAAGAGGUGUCCAGCACCAGCAACUGCGCUGGCUGUGGAAGAGAUAUAAAAAAUGGACAAGCGCUGCUAGCACUGGAUAAGCAGUGGCACCUGGGAUGCUUUAAGUGCAAGGCCUGUGGGAAGGUUCUGACUGGGGAAUACAUCAGCAAGGAUGGUGUCCCUUAUUGUGAAAAGGAUUAUCAGGUUCUCUUUGGAGUCAAAUGUGAAGCAUGUCACCAGUUCAUCACAGGGAAAGUCCUGGAGGCAGGUGACAAGCAUUACCAUCCGAGCUGUGCACGAUGCAGCAGAUGCAACCAAAUGUUCACAGAAGGAGAGGAAAUGUACCUGCAAGGUUCCACUGUCUGGCAUCCUGACUGUAAGCAAUCCACGAAGGCAGAAGAUAAGCUCCGGCUGUUGUCACCGCCUUGCAUAAUGAACUCGAUCAAAAAACUAAGGCAGCCAACAAGAACAUCCUCUGAAAGUAUUUAUUCCAGACCAGGUUCCAGUAUUCCUGGCUCACCAGGCCAUACUAUCUAUGCAAAAGUAGACAACGAGAUCCUUGAUUACAAGGAUUUAGCUGCCAUUCCCAAAGUCAAGGCCAUUUACGACAUUGAACGUCCAGACCUAAUUACCUACGAACCAUUCUACACCUCCGCCUACGAGGACAGACAAGACAGACAGAGUUUUGGAGAGUCUCCAAGGACACUGUCUCCUACACCGUCUGCAGAAGGUUAUCAGGAUGUUCGGGAUCGAAUGAUUCACAGGUCAACUAGCCAAGGCUCUAUCAGUUCUCCUGUAUACAGUCGUCACAGCUACACACCCACAAUGUCACGCUCCCCUCAGCAUUUUCACAGACCUGGCAAUGAGCCGUCCAGCGGUCGGAACUCCCCUGUCCCUUAUCGGCCAGACAGCCGCCCUCUAACUCCAACUUACGCUCAGGCCCCUAAACAUUUCCAUGUUCCAGAUCAAGGGGUCAACAUUUACAGAAAACCACCCAUCUACAAACAGCAUGAUGCAGCUGCUUUGGCAGCACAGAGCAAGUCCUCCGAGGAUAUCAUCAAGUCCUCCAAGUUCCCAGCAGCCCAUGCGCCAGCACCCAACGAGAUACCAAAGAUUGAGACGGACCACUGGCCAGGUCCUCCCUCCCUUGCGGCCAUAGCAGGCGCUGACAUGAGACGCAGAUCAAGUGGCAGAGAGGAAGAGGAUGAGGAGCUACAGAGACGUCGACAGCUACAGGAGGAGCAGCUCAUGAAGCUCAACUCGGGGCUGGGACAGUUAAUAUUAAAAGAAGAAAUGGAAAAGGAGACCCGUGAUAGGCCAUCCCUUUCUGCCAGUCGUUAUGACUCUCCAGUGAAUUCAUCACAUGCUGCAGCCUCCAAGACCUCCUCUCUUCCUGGCUAUGGAAGAAAUGGACUGCACAGGCCGGUGUCUACAGAUUUUGGUCAGUACAACAGCUAUGGUGACGUGAGCGGUGGUGGUCGAGAUUUCCAGUCCCUCCCGGAUGGUCAUGUCCCUGGAAUGAGAAUGGACAGAGGAGUGUCUAUGCCUAACAUGUUGGAACCAAAGAUUUAUCCAUAUGAAGUGCUCAUGGUGACCAACAGAGGACGAAAUAAAAUACUAAGAGACGUGGACAGAACCAGGCUCGAGCGCCACCUAGCCCCUGAGGUUUUCCAGGAAAUAUUUGGCAUGACGAUACAGGAGUUUGACAAGUUACCUCUGUGGAGACGCAACAACAUGAAGAAAAAAGCAAAACUCUUUUGAGCUAUCCGCAUCUGUGUCCCCUUAGCCAACCAACAGCAAAUGCGUAGGAUAACAUGCUGUAUAGUCUCAACUCCAUCUGGAGAGGAGCCACUCCUGCACAAAAAGGGAAAACCUGAUAAGGACACUUGUAUUCAUAGCGAUUGGGCCAACACGAACACUUGCCAGUGGGGGCAGGGGAGAGGAAAUUUCUGUGUUCAGAAAACUCGACAGGAGUUUUCACAUGUAUAAACUUUUUACAUGAUGUUAUAUAACACAAUAGGAAGCUGCUCUUUUCUCCUCCA